UGAUGAGCAGACGUAAAUCUUCAAUUUGUUCUUAAAAAGAAAAAAAGACAGAGAAAAUAUAAGAUUAGGAGACAUAAGAAAUUCCCAUUAAAAAAAAAGUGAAGAUUGAAAAAAGAGUGGUAAUUAAAGUUCCUUUUGCUGACAUUAUUUCAUCAGAUGAUGAUUCAAAUGAAUUUAGUUAAAUACUAUGUGGAAUCAGAUCUAAAUUCAUUAGUGAUGUUCCAAAUCUUGAUUCUCCUAUUCUAAUUAGAAAAAGUGAUACAAAAGAAGACUCACAAUUAUUCUGAUU